CCGUAGUAUAGUGGUCAGUAUGCAAGCUUGUCACGCUUGAGACCCGGGUUCAAUUCCCGGCGGGAGAGUUCCAGCCACCUGCGAUACACAGGAUUUCAUUUUUUUGCUUCAUUUACAACCUUGAUCAUUUUCGUUGUUGUUGUUAUGUGGUUUAACCCUUGAUUUAACCGAGAUACAUAAGCGUCUAACGCGGCUCCCCGCGCUUCCUUUUAAGCGCACCGCAUUAUCCAAUCGCAACCUAACUUGUAUUCUUGUUAUCAAACGCGACCAUUCAUCAUCUCAUUUGACGAGGACAUUCAUCGAGUAUUGAACCACAAUAACGCCGACCUGCCGAGAUAACAACGCGCAUGGCUGAGAGAAAGCCAUCAAACGGAGCUGUAGCUGGUACUGGACAAGUGACGAUGUCCGAGUACAAGAAGGCGCAAGCCCGGGUUCGGGAUCUGGUCGAGAAGCGCAGAAUGCUAGAGAAACGCUUGACACAAGUUGAAGACAGCAUCUCCCAGAAGGAGACUGCAUACCUCGACAGCACACCAAGCGGCAACAUCAUCACCGGUUUCGACAACUACAUGAAGGGCAUGAGUGGUGCGGCAGCACAGCGACGAAAGGCUGGUCCGAUGGAGCAGAACAGAGUCUUUUCACGAUCGUCGAUUUCCUACCGACCUAACAAUCUAGAGGGUAUCACACCCGGAUCAGGAGGCUCGACGCCAGCUGGCGCGACACCAUUAUCCGCCGCAUUUAGAGACGGACCCUCGAAUCACCCGACACCGACAUCUUCGACUGCGGCUAAGAACGCAAGCAAGUCGAAGAAGAAAACGGUCGAGCACGAGGACAGCGAAAACGAUACUUCGACGAGCAAGAAGCGAACGAAUUUUGGAGCGCAGCGCAAGUAGCGUAUGUACAAAGAUGUACUCAUGAGAUUGGGCGUUUAACAGGGAAUGGAUUCAACGGUAGGGUCAGGAUGGCGUUAGGAUUCAUAUUAUAGAUCGCCCUCGAAACAGAAGGCGGCUUGGAACUGAGGCUAUGGUAGGUUCAGGCUAGAAGUAGCACGAAAAUAUGCCAUUUAUAAUGGAGGCUAUUAAGCAUUUUGGAACCGUCGAGGUACCAGAAUACUCAAAGAGUUUGCGUCAAAGAGCAUACAUAGUUCAUCCCAGCGUGCCCUAGAAUAUCCUCAACCUACCUAAGUUAUCUCAAUAUUUCUAUCACUCAAGAUCAAAAUGUCCGUUUUUCUGCCAUCAUCUCAACAAGUAAGGAUCCAAUUGCUUGGUGUCAGAUCGCCUAUAAACCUCACGGUAGUUCUCCCGUUACUGGGAAUUGCCUUAGGGGUGAAGUUAGAUUCAGUGUAUGGUCUCCCAAUUGUCGUUACAUAUGUUUAGGCCGUGUGUCAUGUCUUGAAACCAUUUUAAGCUAUCCCACGUCAACAUGGACGAGAUCGAAGCGACGUCGCGACGUCCGUCAAAUACGGUUGUGGUUAAUCGCAGCGGUUGCAGUGAGAUUAUACCUUGAUUAACCCUUCAACUUGUAUAGAUGCAUGUAAAGGGAUUACUGUAAUAAAGUAAAAUUCCCAGGCCAGUAUUGUUGUGAACUUUUGAUUUGAAG